CACUGUCUGUCAGUGCAUGCCAAUGCUCGGGCCCUAAUGAGAGUUGAGUGAAAAGUCUCAAAAGAUAAAGUGUAAAGAGUCAGAAUGGGGAUUCUUCAUCAUUUAAACGCAUUUUAAGAAGAUGGAUUCCUUCAUAUAAUAAAACAGAACGAUCCUCCCUUUCGCUCUGCGCUUGAUUAAAAUGCCUAGGGGGGCGUGUCCAGGGCGUGACAGCGCCCCCCUGCGAUGUUGACUGGCAGCAGUCCCGGGUCAGAUGAUCUAGUUGGAUUGUAAAUAGACAGCAGCAGCCAGAGAACCUGCGGGGCCAUGCCUCCACAGCCGCUGUAACCCGCCUCCGACACCGCGCACACUCCACUCGGACACCGCCGCGCUCCGGACACCGCCCCGGCUCGUCUCAGCUCGUUCCCGGUGUCGUUAUAAAGCAUGUACCGCUCCCUGUUCGCCUUCCGAUCUGCGGAGCCCAACUCGCUGCACUUCGCGGCCGGGGAGGGCUUCCUAAUCCUGGAGAGGAGCAACAAUCACUGGUGGCUGGGGUCCCGCUGCAGCUCCGGGGAAACCGGCUACAUCCCCGCCUCGUACAUCGAGAAGAUCAAGGCUCCAGAGCAGGAUGAGGUGUUGCAGUCCAUCGACCGAGCCAUCGAAGGCAUCCACAACGUGGCCUUAAAAAAUGGAGGCAAAUACAACCUGGAGCAGCGAGACGUUCUGCAGAAGUUGAUCCAUCACAGGAAGGAGACCCUGGCACGACGAAGUUCCUCCUCCUCCUCCCUUCAGAAACAAGGCCUCCCAACUUCCAGCAGUGAAAUAUCUCUCAGUAGCACUCCUCCUCCACCCAACGGCCUUAACCGAGACUAUGGACGACACAGCAGCGUGCCGUUAUCAGGAAGCAUGGACAAUAUGCAAGGAGAGCAGGGCUUGUAUCAGGUGCCCCCUCAGCCUCGACGUGCGGCUCCGACCACCCCUCCUCCCCCCGAGAAGCAGAGAAACAGUCGACCUGCAGCAGAGCCGGAUGUCCCCUCCAGAGUGUCCUCUCUCUCCCCGUCCCCUGCUCCCUCCCUCUCAAUCAGCACCACCUCUUUGGAGUCGGGCUCCUGCCCCUCCCUGGUCUCCUCUGAUGUCAGUUUGCCAAGCGUCUCCAGCACUCCCCCUCCUCCCGUGCCAUCUCGUGUGAAGCCCACUGCGCUGCCUUUAGAAACGUUGCCCUCCGACUCCCCUCCUCAGCCGGCUCCUGUGAAGAAGAGCCCGGCGCCGCAGCCUCCCCAGCCCACCGCCACUUCAGAGCCCGCUGCGGAGAACCAGCCCGAAAGCGAAUGGCCGGUUGCCCCCCCGUCUGUCGCUGAGAGCCGCCCUGGCAGCCCCACUAUCACUGAGCCGGUGCCCAUGACCAUCGGGGCUGAGCUGAUUGAGCUGGUGCGGAAGAACACAAGCUUGAGUUACGAGCUGUCGCGGGUCGCUGUGGGCGUGGUGGUCGGCCAUCUGCAGACCACUUUGCCUCAAGCAUCCUCCGCCCUGGAGCAGGUUCUCCUCACGCUGGUGGAGAGCAAGGACUCGAGUCCCGCCCUGCCUCAGGGUCAGGUGUGUCAUGACGAGCAGCGGCUGGAAGUCAUCUUCAGUGACCUCGCCCGUCACCGUGACGACUCCCAGCAGCGUAGCUGGGCGCUUCACGAGGACCACGCGCUGAUCGCCUGCUACCUGGAGGAGCUGCUGAAGAUACUGACUGAUGCAGAUCCAGAGGUGUGUAAGAGGAUGUGCAAGGCCGACCACUUCGAGAGCCUCAUCUCUCUGGUUUCAUAUUACCAGAUGGAGCUCCGUGUGUCACUGCGGCUGCUGCUGCUCAAAGUGUUCGGGGCGAUGUGCAGCCUGGACGCCGCCUUCAUCUCCACGCUGCUCAACUCCAUCCUGCCCAUGGAGCUGGCCAGAGACCUGCAGAAUGACACACAAGAGCAUCAGAAGAUGUGUUACACAGCGUUGGUGCUGACUAUGAUCUUCUCGAUGGGCGAGCAGGUGCCAUAUCAUCACUAUGAACACCUGAAUGCAGACUUUGUUCAGUUCCUGCUGGAUGUGGUGGAGGACGGGCUUCCCUCCGACCCCACAGAGCAGCUGCCCGACACCUUCCUCAACCUGCUGCUGGCCUUCAACCUGCACCACACAACUCCCAGCAACAAUGUGAUCAUGAAGGAGGUGAAGAAGAAAAAUCUCAAGAUCCUGUCAGAGAAAGUUCUUCUGCUGCUGAACAGAGGCGAUGACCCUGUGUGUAUGUUCAAACACACCCCGCCUGCACCGCACUCUGUGCUCAAGUUUCUGCAAGAUAUUUUUGCCGACAGAGAGACGGCUGACAUCUUCUACCGCACUGACAUGAUGGUGAUGAUUGACAUCGCCGUCCGGCAAAUAUCUGACCUUUCACCUGGAGACAAGGUGAGGAUGGAGUACCUUUCCCUGAUGCACUCCAUAAUGCGCUCAACGGACUACCUGGAGCACCAGCACCGUCUGUCUGACCUGCAGGGGGCACUGCAGAGGAUUCUCAGGGAGGAGGAAGAUCCCGGAGAGGAGGAAGGGAGCGCUACAGCAAAACAGAUGGAUAAGCUCAUUGUGCAGCAGAUCUACAAGGAGUUCCCACAGAUCAGUGAGAACCAGGUCUAACCAUAUCAGUAUCACGCUCACACACUGUAGUCCGCUCCCAUCAACUGCAGGGAGGUGCAAUUAAGCUUGAAAGAAAAAGAACUGGUGUUUGAAUGGCCGCCAUGUGAUCUGUGCCAGACUGUACUGGGAGGAGAAUACCAGUUUCGCCAAUGUUUUCAUGGAAUCGUCGUCCAGCAUCCCUGUGAUGAGGAAUUAAGGAGGAUGUCUUUGGUCAAGAAGGGAAAUAUAUUUAGUUUGGGUCAA